AUGAAAAUUGAAAUAGUGAAUUACGGGAUCAUCACUAUAACCUCGGAGAAAAACUCUACAACAAACGUUGACUCGACCCAUCAAGUCGUCAUGAAAACAAACACAAAAUCCCCAAAGACCCCCAAGCAAUCGAUGAGCCCACAACUCUCGAAAAAGUCAUCAAGCAAAGAACGCACAAAGGACGGGUACAAAGAACUUGUCGACACCACAGACCCCCUCUCCCCACGAAGUCCGCCACCAUCCAGCAAUGAUUCUCCGCACUCCGAAUCUUUUCCAAAGUUAUCCAAUGUCCCCACUGAAAUUCAACCCGUCGCUCCCUUUUCCUUUUUCAAUAUCAAUGGGGUAACUGAGAGUAUGGUCACUUCGUUGGAGUCGUGGACAACUAAAAAGCGGCGAAGGUUAGUUUAUGACUCUUCGAUGAUGGACUUCAGCAAAGAGUCGUUUUAUAAUGCAGUCUGUGGGUUAAGUAAUAUCAUGACAUUAGUGGUAACUGACAAGGGUUACGUAUUCGGCGCGUUUCAUUCGUCAAUUCCAAAUCCGCCAACUCAGGGUUCAAAGACUUUCCACGACAACAAUUUUUUCAUCUUCACAUUAAUCAAUGCAGACAACAUCCCACAAGAAAAAUUCUUUAAAAAGUCUUCUUUAGAAACAAUGUACUUGGACUCACUCUCUAUGAGUGUUGAGAGCAUUUAUACCAUAAGUAGGGGCUUUACUUUAAAGAAGAAAGGAUCAUCGUUCUCACCUUACUUCGCUUCAUUCUAUCAAAUUGAAAAGCGGAGAGGUUCAAAAUUCUUUGUUGGCUCUGUCGAACCUGAGACUUUCGAAGUGGCCAGACUUGUUGCUAUCGAGUGGUUGAACUAA